AUGACAUUUCGCGCUGCACCGAUCACGGGCGACGUCAAUGUCAACGCCGUGGAGGGUCACGCACGUUCCGACUGCGAGGGCGCGGACUGCAUCGAUGUGGAGAACGAUACUCUCGACGAGGAGGAUAUCGAGACCGUGCUCGACAGUCACAAUCUUUAUCGCGUCCUGGUCGCGAACGGCAGGGAAUACCGUGGAAAUCCCGGACCGCAGCCCGCCGCGAGGACCAUGAUGGAAUUGAUCUGGGACGACGAACUCGCCGUUAUAGCACGUCGAUGGGCGUUGCAGUGCAAGCUCUUCGAGAAGGAUCAGUGCCGAGACGUUGGCAAGUAACUUCGACGGAU